UAUAGCUUGACAACGGGAGGAGCUGAUGUGCGUUUUUUUUUGUCCAUGAGGAAAAUGUGGAUGAGGUCAGAGCGACCUGGGAAGUGAAGAGGCUUGUGUUUGGACAGUGGUGUAUCCGCCGCGCUCGCAUCUGUCGCACACUUGAUCUGAUCACAAAUAAAGAAGAAAGUGCACGGGAGCUGCUCGCCUGUGUGAACACACCGUGGACAUACACACACGGACAGAAGUAGGCAUGUGCUGCUGACUUAUCGUAUCUGCAUGGCGCGAGCGAGUUUAUGAAGAAAUAACGGCUUCACGGACAGCUGCUGUAGGCCUCUCGCUAAACUCCCACUCACUGGACACGCUCUCUCACACACCAGGAAAAAUGGGUCUAAUUUUCGCCAAACUAUGGAGCUUCUUUUGUAAUCAAGAACACAAGGUGAUUAUUGUGGGGCUGGACAAUGCUGGAAAGACCACUAUACUUUAUCAAUUUUUAAUGAAUGAGGUGGUGCACACGUCUCCUACGAUUGGCAGCAAUGUGGAAGAAAUAGUGGUGAAGAAAACCCACUUCCUGAUGUGGGAUAUCGGUGGUCAGGAGAGUCUCCGUUCCUCUUGGAACACAUACUACUCCAACACUGAGUUCAUCAUACUGGUUGUGGACAGUACUGACAGAGAGAGACUAGCCAUUUCUAAAGAAGAGCUCUACAGAAUGCUAGCACACGAGGAUCUCCGCAAAGCUGCAGUGUUGAUCUUUGCUAAUAAGCAAGACAUGAAGGGCUGUAUGUCUGCAGCAGAGAUUUCCAAAUAUCUGACCCUCAGCUCCAUCAAGGAUCAUCCCUGGCACAUCCAGUCCUGCUGUGCGCUCACUGGAGAAGGGCUGUGUCAGGGUUUAGAGUGGAUGACCUCCAGGGCUGGGCUCAGAUAGCCUCUGAUUCUCCAUGUCCUUAUUGACUAUGAUUUCCACCUCCUUCGGUGGCAUCGCAGACUCGUCCUAUUGGCUGCUUAUGUUUUAUUUUAAAUCUCUCAAAUCUCAGAAUUUACAUUUUGCAGCUGAACUCUUUGGACACCUACCUCAGCUGGGAUUUAAUGGUUAUGUGAAUCUGGUUUGACAGACUUGUCGAUCAGUAAUGUAUCAGGAGCAACUGGAGUUUUUUACUGGGUGUAUAGCAGAAGAUAUUCAAAGUAUUUCAACUUAAACACUGCAGUGCUGGUAUGUGUUUGUGAGGAGGGACUUUGUAUUUUUAGCAGUCUGGCAGUGGAAAAGAAGUUCUUUGGAUGGGUUAAUUAAGCUAAUCAUGUAUGUUUUUCUUUAAAUGUACUGGAAAGAAAUUAUUUGAAUGGUCAAAAUGUUACUUUUCAGAUGGGGACCUUUUUGGGUCAAUUGUUGUCAUUGGUCAACUGUUUGUUUUUGGUUAAACUUUUUGGGUAUCGAGUGUUUUAAGUGCCAUUGGUACCUACCCACCAUCACCACUACAUAUCAUGAAAACACCUGAGCAUAUCAUAUCAUAUUUCACAUUACCUCAAACAUUCUUUACAGGAGAGGGUGCUGUUACUAUUUCAAACGUGACCAUUGCAGCUUGAAAUGGCAUUUGAGAUGCAAUUUAAAGGUCACCAGGUAUGAUCUCAGCUGUU